AUGGGGUGCAGCAUGAGCCGCCUCCUCAAGACCACCGUCACGCUCAUCAUCCUCGUCCUUCUCCUCAUGCCCGGGGCCUUAGCCGCCACUAGCUUCGAUGCCUCACGAAGCCAACAGCUGCCGCUGCCGCGUGGGACGGUUCACGGGCCUGAGAGCGUCGCCUUCGACGGUCAGGGCCAGGGCCCCUACAGCGGCGUCUCUGACGGCCGGAUCCUAAAGUGGAACGGCGAAAAGCUAGGAUGGACUACCUAUGCAUAUGGACCCGGCUAUGAUAGCAGGACGUGCACGCCCUCCAAGUUCAGCCCGGAGACUGAGGCUGCCAGGGAGAGCCGCUGCGGCCGCCCGCUUGGCCUACGGUUCAACCAGAAAUCGGGCGACCUCUACGUGGCUGAUGCGUACAAGGGGCUGAUGCGGGUUGCGCCGGGCGGCGGGGAGGCCACCGUGUUGGUCAACCAGGUUGACGGUUUUCCUCUGCGCUUCACCAACGGUGUUGACGUCAAUCAAGUUACGGGUCAAGUCUACUUCACCGACAGCUCGAUGAACUAUCAAAGGUCACAACAUGAGAUGGUGACUCGCAGUGGGGACUCCACGGGCCGCCUCAUGCGCUACGACCCACGGACAUCGGAUGUCACAGUGCUCCAAGCGGGCAUGACGUACCCCAACGGAGUCGCGCUCAGCGCCGACCGCACCCACCUCGUGGUUGCAUCUACUGGCCCAUGUAAGCUACUAAGGCAUUGGAUCAAAGGGGUCAAUGCAGGCACAUCGGAGCCUUUUGCUGACCUUCCCGGCUAUCCAGAUAACGUGAGGCCCGACACCAAAGGAGGCUAUUGGGUGGCGUUGCACCGUGAGAAGAAUGAGUUGCCUUUUGGUCGUGAUAGUCAUCGUCUCGCUGUCAGGGUUGGUAACGAUGGAAAGAUAGUCGAGGAGAUGAGAGGGUCAAAGAAGGUGAGGCCCACCGAGAUUAUGGAGAGAAGCAAUGGCAAAAUCUACUUGGGUUCCGUAGAGCUUCCUUAUGUCGGUGUUGUUAAGCGCCUUUUUGUUUCUUGUUCUUAG